AUGAAUGAACUCAAGCAUGAAUUAUUCAACCUCUCUUCGGAAUCGGAUACUUCAUCUUCUAUAAACCAUAAUAAUGUAACUGAAGUUUUUACAUGUAAAAAAGUUACCCAUGACGGCAUUGAUGUAGCCUCACAACAUCUAGCUCAGUUAUGCAACAAGGCCAUUGAUGCUGAAGAUAGGGCAAAUCGAGCUAAUCAGGAAGAAAUUUUAUGUAUACUUUAUGAUUCUAUUACAGAACAGCUUAGUUUGCUUCGUAAACGAAGAUCGCAAGAAUUGGGGCUACAACUUAGGGAUGUAUCACAGAAUAGCUUGCAUAAGAAAACUCAGAGAGCCGAGAAAAACUAUAAAUUAUUCGAAAAAGUGGGUUUAAAUAAGAUCAAGUAUAUUAAUUCAUAUAGCAUGAAUUCCAUUUCAGAGCUUACUAAUGCGCAAUUUCAAGAGAUUAUAGAUUAUGGUAUAUCUUUGGAAAAGUUGUCUAUAGAAGCGGAUCAUGUGACCAAAAUUUCUGAGACGACCUGUCUUGGAAAAACCUUACCCAUACCUGAAGAAGAUUCAUCAUUCACACCAGCUAAUGCAGAGAUCAAUGUCGCCUAUGAUGAUGUGUAUUUUGAUGAUUCCGAUGAAUCAAUAGACUCGAACCACCCAAUUCACGACAUUCUCUUGCAUGAAGAAAUUGCUCGAUUAGAGCGAAUCUCUAAUUCUUUAGGCAUUACUAUUAUUGGUCCUGGAGGGUUUAUUUUUCUUGUUCUUGGUGUUGGUGCUAUUGUUAUUAGUCUUGGAGGCAUUAUUAUUGUUAGUCCUGGAGGUGAUGCUAUUAUUGGUCCUGGGGGUUUUGGUGGUGGCUUUUUUAUUACUACUCAUUUUUUCAUCCCUAAAUAA